GCCUGAGCUAUGGCUGAGCCGGGGCCUAUGCGUAGUAUUCUGGGAAGUGUCUCCCGGUGGUUUCAGUUAGCACCUGCUCCGCACGCCUCCCCCUGACCUCUCAGCAUGGAUUGAGUGGAAGGUGAGGUCAUGAUUCCUUCAGCAUGGACAGCAAAGUUCCUGAGGCAACAGAGAGACAAAGCUUGGAAUGCUGGCUGCGGGAUGAAGCUGGGAUCGGGGACCCCACCUGCCUCUGACCUUGUGUGUUCAUAGGUGCAGUAGCUGUCAUCUUUGUUGCUGAAGAUGCGCACAGCAGGUUAGGUGUUGGGACCGAGGUCACACAGCGGUUUCAUCACAGAUGCAGCUGUUCGCUGGGAGAACAGAAUGACCAAGUACAAGGGUUCCAUCCUGUCCUGGAACUCAGUAUGGCUUCCAACUGACAAGUCAUCCUCCUGUCUCAGCUCCAUGUACUGGCAUGGGACACUGCACCCCACACCCAGUGUCUGUGGGGCUGCGGGUGGGACCCAGGGCUUUGUGGAUGCCAGGAGGCAGUGACAUUCAAGGAUGUGGCUGUGGUCUUCAGCGAGGAGGAGCUGGGGAUGCUGGAUGCUACCCAGAGGAAGCUGUACCGUGAUGUGAUGCAGGAGACCUUCAGGACGCUGCUCUCAGUGGGAGCCAGGAGUCUAAAUGAGACGGAGUUGCUUCAGGAGGUAGGAUGGAGGUACCUGCCGCACGAGGAGCUUUUCUGCUCACGAAUCUGGCACCAAGUUACAAGGGAGUUAACCCAGGGUCGAGACUGCAUGGGGAACGCUGGAGAAACUGGCUCUCCGUUGGAGAAACAGGAUGGUGUCCAGAGUGAAGAAGCCGGCUUCAGUAAACAUUCCGGUCGGAAUUCGCGGCUUCAGCUCCACUGCGGAAUGAGUGGUGGUGAAGAUCCUUCUAAAAAGGGGGUGAAUGGGGAAGAAGCUAGCUGGGAUUGUCAUCUCGGGGUGAAUGGGCAAACCCACGUGGGAGAGAGGCGGUACCAAUGUGAGGAGUGUGGCUACUCCUUCUGCCGCCUGUCGGGUCUUCAAGCUCACCACGUAAGGCACACGGGAGAGAAGCCGUACAAAUGUGAGGAGUGUGGGAAGGGCUUCACCCGGGCCUCGACGCUUCUGGACCAUCAGCGAGGCCACACUGGAAACAAGCCCUAUCAGUGCGAUGCUUGUUGGAAGAGCUUCUGUCACAGCUCAGAAUUUAACAAUCACGUGAGAGUCCACACGGGCGAAAAGCCCUACAUAUGUGAGGAGUGUGGGAAAGGCUUCAGCCAGGCCUCGCACCUUCUGGCUCACCAGAGAGGCCACACUGGCGAGAAACCCUACAAAUGUAGCACGUGUGGGAAGGGCUUCAGUCGGAGUUCAGAUCUGAACGUUCACUGUAGAAUCCAUACCGGAGAGAAACCCUACAAAUGUGAGAAGUGUGGCAAAGCCUUCAGUCGCGUUUCAAUUCUCCAAGUCCACCAGAGAGUUCACAGCGAAGAGAAACCGUACCAGUGUGCAGAGUGUGGGAAGGGCUUCACGGUAGAGUCACACCUCCAAGCCCACCAGAGGUCCCACACCGGAGAAAGACCCUACCAGUGCGAGGAGUGCGGGAAAGGCUUCUGUCGGGCCUCCAAUUUUCUAGCUCAUCGCGGAGUCCACACAGGAGAAAAACCGUACCAAUGCGACGUGUGUGGCAAACGCUUCCGGCAGAGGUCCUACCUCCACGACCACCACAGGAUCCACACUGGCGAGAAACCGUACAAGUGCGAGGCGUGUGGGAAAGGCUUCAGCUGGAGCUCCUACCUCAAAGCCCACCAGAGGGUUCACACUGGAGAGAAACCGUACAAGUGUGAGGCCUGCGGGAAAGGCUUCAGCUGGAGCUCGAGCCUCGUGAUUCACCAGCGAGUCCAUGCUGACGAUGAGGGUCACAGGGAUUCCCCUGCACCAGAGGACACCCCCAGGAAACACACUCUAUAAGAUUUUAUGAUCUGCGACAGUAACCGCAGAAAGGUUGAGCUUCAUCCUGAGGUUUCUAACUAUCCUAACAGAAGGGACCAGGUCUGUUUGACAGAAGCAACAUUUCUUAAGCUGCUGGUUGCCACCCCACGUGGGGCUGCAGAACCGAAUGUGGUGGCCACAAGGUAUUUAUAAACACUACAAGCUUUCUACAUACCCAGUGGCCAAAACCUCAGAAUUCAACAGUUAAUAAGGCUGAGGGGCUUCUGGCAGCUCUUACCCAAGCCGGGACUCACAGCGCGAGCCCUGGCACCUCACUGUCACCACCCACAGUGCCCGUGGGCUGCUUGAAGUCCCUCUGCUCAGGGCCGACAUUGCUAUGAAUCACAGUGCUUUCUACUCUGCGCACAAUUUCUGCUCGCACAGAAGCAUAAUCGUUUCCUUACACUGUUUUCCUCUUCUCACCCCUGGCACUUCAGUAUCAGACGGGUUUAGCUGCAAAUCUUGCUGGGUCCCAGCCAGCGUGGUUUUAAACAGCCACGUAGCUACUCUUAACAGAAAGUGGCCCACUGCUUUCACCAUUAAUAAAGUAUCACUUAUUGGAAUGGUUCUGAAAUACAUUUCUUCCUGAUUAACAGUAAACAUUUGAGAUGUCCACUUACACUGUGUGCCUCUGUACGCAAGCAAUGCCCAAGACACCUCCUGCCUUCAGUAACUCUUAAGUCAGCUUUGAGAAGAGCCGUCAUUUGGAAUUUUUUAUUCAAUCUAUCUCUGAAUAAAGUUUCUGUAAAAUUGUUCCUAGGAGGCUUGAAGGACAUGUUAGUUACACACACAGGCCGGUUUCCCAACCCCGUGGAACCUGUGUACCAAUGUCUAUCAAACUGAAGGGCUUUGUCCAUUGGUGGCUUCAGCAGUCAGGGGAUUGUGGCCAGUGUUUCGGCACACUUGUCCUUCACUGAAAUAUCUUUGUAGGUCGUCACACAUGCACAGACCUCAAUUUCAUUGCUUCCUGAAUUUUGAUGAGUGUCUACACUUCUGUGGCCAUCAUCAUCAGCUGUGUGUUUCUAGUCAACAGAAAUGUGCCCCGUGGCAUUCCCAGUCAGCCCCACCUUCAGUCCAACAAGCUUUCCGGCUUCUGAGCUGCAGAUGCAAAUCACAGCCGUUCUCGGGGCUCAUAUAGGUGCAGGGUGUUGGUGUAGAGUCUGACCUCUCUCUCGAUUUAUUCAGAAAAUAUUUGACAAAACUCAGCAUUCAUUCAAGAUUAAAAAAAUACACAGUGAGGUAAGAGGUAA